AUGCAGGUUCAAGAGGCUCGGAACCAACAAUGGCAGAGGCAAUCCGACCAUCAAGAGGUCAUCAGCAAUCCCUCGAUCCACACAAGCGAUCUUCGGUCUUUGCGAGCCGUUGAAGAAUUUCAUGUCGCCGCAAGGGUCAUAUGCCAGUUGCACGAUGCCAUAUCAAAUUACAAUGGCGAGAUCGUCCGAUCUUGUCCAAUGAGCUUUACUAUUGCUGCUAGGUCUGUCCGGGCAAUAGAGAGCGCAAUGCGACAACGAGUCUUCGCACAAAACGCAAAACCUAUUCGAGCAUCUUGGCCACUAGCUGCAGAAAAAGGCGCCAUGGAUAUCCACACGCUAUAUUCAUACGCUCACGACGAAGAAGAGGAGGACCCGUUGACGGAGGGUAUGCCCAGGACCGAUGCCACCAAUGAACAGGCCUACGAGACCAGUCUCUUCGAGGUACAAGCGCGGUACUGGGCAUGUACCCUUCCUGGCCUAUUCCAGGGAAUGCCCCAGAAAUCACCAGGCAGUGUCGAUAGAUUCGACACCAAGAUUCCUGCAUCCCUCGAGCGUGCGACAGCUUGA